CAUUUAUGCCCUGAGAGAGUGUAUUCAUACAUCCAGUACAGCAGGUGGCGUUAUGUUCAGAAAGAAGCAAUCAAACGCGUCAUCGCGCACACAUGCGCGAAGGUUCACAUGGAGGAGUGCACGUAAAGCCUGCGUUAGAAAACAAAACCAGUCAACUGUGAACAUUUUCUUGAGACAUAGGGUUUGUUUGUUUGUUUUUCAUGAAAUAGGGAUAAUCUGAUGUUGCUGAAACCAUGGCAACUCCAGCUGUUCGGAUGUUUCGGAAGUUAGAGGGCCUGUUCUGUGUCUACAAACCCUCCGGUGUUCACUGGAAGCUCGUACGGGACAGCAUCGAGACGAAUCUUCUUAAAGGUUUGGAUGCUACACCUUCCCAGCCACUUUCCCACGAGGUCCGGUUCUUGGCACACCCAAGCCCUGAGACUGGAGCGUCCAAAAGACUCACAGUGUCUGCUGCAUCAGUGCCUGUACUGUCCAAGCACCCUCUGGUGACUGGACCUGAAUUCCAGCAUAUCCGAGUUGGAGUCGGACAUCGCCUCGACGCUUUCUCCUCCGGCGUUCUAGUUCUUGCUAUUGGGAACGGAAACAAGGCCCUGAAUGAUUUCUACAGGACCAGAGUCUCAAGGGAUUAUACCUUGGAGGGUGAAUUUGGCACAGCCACAGAUAAUUUCGCUCACACAGGUCGCGUUGUGGAAAGAUCCACCUAUGAUCACAUCACACAGGAUAAACUGGAGAGAGUGCUGGCAAUGCUGGAGGGAGUCAACCAAAAAGCUUUGUUAAUGUAUUCCAACAUAGACAUGCGCUCACAGGAAGCCUAUCAGAUGGCUGUGGAAGGUUUGCUGGGUCCAGAGGGGAAAUCGGCGCCCAUUUUGACAGGCUUGCGUUGCAUUCGCUUCCAGCCCCCCAACUUCACUUUAGAGGUUCAGUGCCUAAAUGAGACCCAGAAGUACUUGCGGAAAGUUGUGCAUGAGAUAGGACUAGAACUGCGCAGCACAGCGGUGUGUAAGGGAGUACGCCGCACCAGAGAUGGACAUUUCACCCUGCAGGAUGCCCUGACCCAUCAUCACUGGACUGCUGGUGAUGUCAUGCAGGCCAUCCAGCUAUAUCACUCCACUAAGAAAAGUAAAAAACCUUCUAAGGUAGCAGUAAAGACACCAGCGUUACAAACAUCUGAAGAAAAUAUCGCAGACACUCAACAAAAUGAAAUUAAUGAAGGAGUGGCUAGGUAGGUAGAGUCACCUAUGACCCAAUCACAAAAAACUGUACAAUGCUGCAUCACUUCUCAUAGUUCGGCUCAGUCAGAAAAGGAGGUUUGCAGACCAGAAAAUGUUGGUCAACACAAAAGAUAUUAUUAUGUGUUGGUUUAAUACAUAAAUUUGUCUGCAGCUACAGAGACAAUUCUGUUUUGUAUUUGCAGUCAGGCCCAUAAUUUGUUGGACAAAGACACUUUUUUUCCUCUGUACACACCAAAGUGGUUUUUAAAUCAGUCAAUCCAGAUGUGAGUGAAGUGCAGACUUUCAGCUUUCAUUCAAGGGGUUUAACAGAAAAUUUUCAUUGACUGUUUAAGAAUUAUAGCCAUUUUUAUACUCAGCCCCCUUUUUUCAGAGGCUCAAAAGUAAUUGGACAAACCAACAUAAUUUUAAAUAUAAAGAUUGUUUUUAGUGCUUGGAUUCUUUGUGGUCAGUGACUGCCUGAAGUCGAGAACCCAUGGACAUAAAAAAAAUGCGGUUUCCUCCCUUGAGAUGCUCUGUUAGCACUUUACUGCCUGUUUGUGGGUCUUUCUGCAUUCAGUUUUGUUUAGUUUGACUGGAAUCGUGCUCUGUUGGGUUGAGGUCAGGUGACUGACUUGGCCAUUGAAGAACAUUCAGUUUUCUUUACAUUGGGUUGUUUUUACAGUGUGCAGUUGGGUCAUUACCUGUUUGCACUAUGAAAUGCUGCCUGAUCAGUUUUGCAGCGUUUGGCUGAAUCUGAGUAUAACCCCGUACACUUCAUAAUUCAUCCUGUGCUAUCAGCACCUAAACACUCAACAUCAUCAGUAAACACAAGUGACCUGGUUCCAUGCCAUAACAUUGCGUCCACCAUGUUUGACUGAUGUGGUACGCUUUGGAUCAUGAGCUUUUUCUCUCUGUCUUCAUACUUUUCUCUUCCCAUAAUUAUGGUACAAGUCAAUAUGGUGCUGCUACGAUGGCCAGUGCCUUCCACCUUUUUCAGAAUGAGCCAUAUUGUUGGUUUGGUCACUCUUUUUGCUCUCUGAUAGGGCUGUUUGGGGUUUUCAGCCUGAUAAUGGUCUCUCUCACUUGCACUGACAUCUUUGGGAUUCAUAUUUAAAACUAUAGUAAAAAGCUAUAAAAUAUAAAUUCAACACUUUGAAUGAACUUCAGAUAUCAUGUCUGCAUGAUUUGCCAUGAAAUAACAAGGGAACAGGGUUCAUCUGCCCGUAAAACUGCUCAUCAGUCAAUUGUCAAAUUACUUUUAAGACUCUGAAAACGGGGGGACUAUGUCUAGAAAUGGCUGUAAUUUGUAAACAGUUAAUGCAGUACUUUUAUAAAACCCCUUGAAAGUGAAAGUUUGCAUUUCAAUCACAUACUAAUUGAUUUAAAACCCAGUGUGGUACAGAAACGAUCACUGUCCAACAAAUUAUGGAAUUAACUGUAGUUUGCAGUGCUGCAGUGUUAUUCCCUAAAUGUUAAUAUUAUUUAUAUAGCGAAUUAAAUUAAAAUAAAAAAAUGGCCAAAAAGAAUGCGUUUGUUUGAUUGUGGUAGAACUGCUGUUUUUUGUUUUUGUUUGUUUUGUUUUAUUUUGUUUUUGUUUUUUUUUAAGGUCUGUAGGUGAGUUGAAGUGCAUUCUUUACUGGCACAAAUGCUCCCCCAAGUGGCAAAAGGUUAAAGUUAAAUUUGUUUCAGUGGCUCCAGACACUGAUUAAAUUAAUCAAUGUCUAAUUUAAACUAAUCCUUUCAUACUGUUAGUUUACUAGAGUAACUCCGGUCAUAUUCAGUUGUCAUCCCUGUGACAUUUGUGUGCCUCUGGAAAAAUGAAGAAACCAAAUAAAAGUGGCAGCCAGCUGUGAGAAAUGUGUGAUGCAGGAGAAAGACGGUAACUUAAAAUAAAACUUAAGUUUUGCCUCAA